AUGGCCGGUGAGGAAAAUGGCGGCCUAAGGAACCAUUGUGUCUCAAUUGCGUGUAUGACGGUCCUUGAAGGUCUAUCCGAUGCCCAUGUUGUCCUCUUGGCCGUGCAUCUCUGUCUGAAAGGCGACAUAUCAGGAUUACCAGCUCUCAGACAUCAGUAUUCGCAUACCCUCCACUUGGAGCUGCUAUUUCGAAUAAUCCUUACAUUCCUACCAGAGAUUACUGAGCCCGAACAGUAUACUCCUGUGAUCAAGAAUCUUGUCGAUGACUCCCGUCCCCCCAUCUGCGAAAUAGAGACGGAUGUUGCUGCCAUUAGCGAAAUACCCGAAGCUGAUGCCCGACGACAAGUUCGAUACUUGAAAUUACUUCCCCUUCACUGUUCACACGCUACUAUAGACGACUCCGCCCUGCCUCUUAUUCAGUUUUUGAUCCAUCGAGCACAUAGAAUUGAUGCCGAAGUUGGUCUACAGCUAUACAUCCUCGAACUAGUCGAUCCAUUCAUCUCAGAGUCAGAUAUCCUUCGCGACUGGACCAUAUCCGUUGUCCUACCUGCGCUCCGGUUUAACUACGAGUACCAUCCCGAUAAUGAAGGAGCGUUGUCAUUAGAGCUUAUAGAGUCACUGGAUUCGAGGAGUGCGGUGAACAUCCUACUCUCCGCAGCCGAACGCCGGGCGAAGGGUGGGGACGUUGGCAGAGACCUCAAGGGGUUGGUCGGGCCGUGGAUGUACGGACAUGUCAAAUCGAAAAGGCGGAAACUUGACGAGAAGGGCACCGAUGAGAACGUCAAUUUGGCGGACGCUGCCUGGCAAGAUGUAAACGAAUGGAUUUUAUCGACAAGCAUUCGCGACUUCCAUCUGGCCAUUGAAGCAGUGGAGCAGUGGUCGGGGCCAGGAGAUAUAAACCUGGGUGACCACGAUGGGCUACAGGAUGAAGAGUCAUCUGCUGACAUGGAGAGACUGAUGUCUUGUUAUGCGCAAGCCGGUCUUGCGUCCAUAUAUGCACUCUCAGAAGGUGAUUUUGGGCUUAUAUCAGGUGCCUCACGCAUACUAUCGAGAGUCGCAGACUUGACCGGCUUUAAUGGUCGGUUACAAAUCAGCGCUACUAGCCUCCAGCCUCUUCCCCCCGAUGUAUUGGAGCUGCAAAAAGUUUCGCGGCAACAUUUGCUUCAUAACAUGCUUCUAAGCUCUUCGAACCCCCUCACACACCCUACAAGGCAGUCGAUAUCCUUCGCAGAUGCCGUACUGGUGUCAAUUCGCACACUUGACCAGUAUGGUCGCUGGAUGUCACCUAGAGCAGCAGCAGAGUUGAUGCUGUUGGGACAGGUCGAUGCGCAGUUGUUUGAACUGCGAAAGCUGCUAGAGACUCUCAACCACCAACACCCUCCACCAAAGGACUGGAGCCAUAUUAGAGACAGCUUGCUAUGGCUGCAUAACUGGGGAGGCAGUACCCAGUCAGACAUACCGCGAGGCUUGUUUUGGAAGAUUCCUCUUCUCAAGUUAGAGCGAGAGAUAUUAAUUGCUCUAUUGAUGUCAAAGGUGUUUGCCCAGUUCGUACUGACAGAGCCCCUUGUACACGAUGAAGAAUACAAUCUUGCGGUAGACAUAUACCUCAAUUCAUCGGAUUCGACGCCUCUUCCUCGAGAUAAGGUCGAAUCGGCUGUGACCGAGACGAUGUUUGCCUCGUACGACAACGCUACCAACGGUAACAAGACCAGAGGAGGAAUGAGGCGAGCCGCAGAUAUACUCGAAGCGUUUGCACCGUAUUUCCCACAGUCCGUUUCGUUCCAGCAGAUUAGCUGUUUGCUGUCCGCAACACACGCCCUGUCGUUCUACUCGCUGACGCUUCAGCAUGGUGUACCCUUCCAGCCUGUCAGCAUCCGCGUACACCAGGACCCUAUAUCACUGAUCGAAAAGGUUCUAGAACAGAACUCAAAAGGGUAUACGCAGCUAGACGAUCUAUUGGCCAUUGGCCGUAAUUUGGUCUCAGCCGGCCUCCCGGCGGGCCAACCACCAUCACCACCUUCCAACGGGGCCUUUGUAUCGGCAGAGAAGCGGAUCAUGUCACUUGCAAUCGCGGCGGCAGUUAACGCGUCCGACUUUGACACUGCAUACUCCUAUAUCGUCACCCGGCUGAUCCCUCCAUCCCUGGUCCCUGGCGGCGGCGACCACUCGAAGGAGCCAGAGGACGAUAUCUCAUGGCGCGCAGCCUACAACACCGGUCGCCAUCGACCAGCCGUCAAGGAGGCCCAGGAGACGACGCUUGUAUCGAGCAUCUCGCGCCUUUCGCAGCGCAUGGAGCUGCUGUCCCUUGCCAUGAUCCUGGCCCCGUCACCGGAGUACCUACCAGAGAUCCUGGCGGUCUGGCGACGCUGUGACGAAGAGAUGGCGUCUCUCCAGGACCAAGAGAUGCAAGAGGCGGAGAGCUGGGACUACCAGGGCGACCAGGGCCGCAUGGGCGGCAACGGCCUUCCCGGUGGCUUCGGCCCGUCCGGCAGCGAGCUAGACGCCCUGGACACUGAGCUGGAGCGCGAACGACGAGCCCGUUCCACACGCCAGCCUCAGAGACCCAAGUUAAGCGGAUACGAAGAGGCACCGAUGGGCCUCUUUGAGGUAGCUCGCGGUGCUGCGUCGGCUCUUCGCAAGAACGCAUUUCCGUUGACCGCCGGCUCCGAGUCGGCGAGUGAAGCUCAAGCUCAGGCACAACCACAACCACAACCGCAGCCAGAGGGAGAGACGACCCGCACGAGGAAGAGGGAUGUGGUCAGUAACCUGGUGACGGGGGGUCUGAUCAGCGGCAUAGGAUGGGUUAUCGGCGCUCCAGCUCCUGCCUCGGGCCAAGGAAGUCCAGAGUAG